ACCCCCCGGACCGGCCCACCCCUCCUUCCCUCCCUUCGCCCCUCCCGGAGCUCUCUCGACCGAGCGGGGAAAGCGAACAGAGCCACCGAACGCUGCUCAGCCGCUGCCCCAGCGCAGCCCCGGAGCAUGCGAGGGCAGCGGGGGGGGCCCGUCCUCGCUGCCCCCCUCGGUGGGACGGCGGCGGGGCCGUCGCGGGGAGGGGGGCACCGCAAUCCGGCGUGAAAAGGGCUUGGAAAUCCCUCCAUCCCGACUCGGGGGAGGCAGACCUUGCCCCAGUUUUUGGGGGUGAGGUGCUGAGCGAGUGGUGGAGGGGGCUGCGAGGAUCAUGCCGGGGGGGCUGCGCCUCGGCAUCGCUUUCUCCUCGCCCUCCAUGGAGCCUGGACUUUUUUUACGAUGACUUUCCCUGAGCUGAGCAAUGGCAGCUUGAGUGGGAACAGGACGGGACAGGGCAGCCAGAGCGGUGCCAACCGAUCCUGGGGGCUGCAAGGCGAGGAGUCUCCCGAAGGCAACGGCACCACGCUGACAUUCGCCUUGGACGUGCAGGCGGUGGGUGUGGGGGUCUUCUUGGCUAUCUUCAUCCUCUCUGCCAUCGUGGGCAACAUCCUCGUCAUCCUGUCUGUGGCUUGCAACCGGCACCUGCAGACAGUCACCAACUACUUCAUCGUCAACCUGGCCAUUGCUGACCUGCUGCUCAGCACCACCGUGCUGCCCUUCUCGGCCACUUUGGAGGUGUUGGGUUUUUGGGUGUUUGGCCGCAUCUUCUGCAACAUCUGGGCAGCGGUGGACGUGUUGUGCUGCUCCGCCUCCAUCAUGAGCUUGUGCAUCAUCUCCGUGGACAGGUAUAUCGGCGUCAAGUAUUCCCUCAAGUAUCCCACCAUCAUGACAGAGAGGAAGGCUGGGGUCAUCCUGGUGGUGGUCUGGCUCUCCUCCAUGGUCAUCUCCAUUGGGCCGCUGCUGGGGUGGAAGGAGCCACCGCCGCCAGAUGAGAGCAUCUGUAGCAUCACCGAGGAGCCAGGCUAUGCCCUGUUCUCUUCCCUUUUCUCCUUCUACCUGCCCCUCAUGGUCAUCUUGGUGAUGUACUUCAGGAUCUACGUGGUGGCCAGGAGGACAACCCGGAGCUUGGAGGCGGGGGUCAAGAAGGAAAGGAAUAAAUCCAUGGAGGUGGUGCUGCGCAUCCACUGCCGCAGCGUGCUGGAGGAGCCUCUCUCCAGCACCAGGAGCAAGGGACACAACUUUAGGAGCUCCCUCUCUGUGCGGCUCCUCAAGUUCUCCCGUGAGAAAAAAGCAGCCAAGACUCUUGCCAUCGUUGUGGGCGUUUUCAUCCUCUGUUGGUUCCCCUUCUUCUUCGUCCUGCCUUUUGGUUCUUUCUUCCCAUCUCUGAAACCUUCAGAAAUGGUCUUCAAGGUCAUCUUCUGGCUGGGAUACUUCAACAGCUGCGUGAAUCCCAUCAUCUACCCCUGCUCCAGCAAAGAGUUCAAGAGAGCAUUCAUCAGGCUGCUCAAGUGCCAAUGCCACCGCAGAAGGCGGCCCAUCUGGCGUGUCUACGACCACCACUGGCGAGGGGCCUCGGUGAACAGCUGUGUGCAGGACUCCGAGACGGACCUGAGGCCCAGGAUUAGCACCCUGAAUAGCUCCUUCAUAUUUAACUCCUCCUUGCAGGAGAGAGCGAGCAAGAGGCGAACACUCAGCUUCAAGGGCUGGAAAAUGCUCACCCCUUUCCAGAAACCAGCAUCCGCCCAGCUGAAAGAGAAGAUGAACAGCCUUUCUAACAAAAUCCGGGGAGGGUCCAGCAAAGGAGGGGUGACGGCCACCUACAAGACAGAGGUGGAGUCUGUCUCUAUUGGGAUCCCUCAUGACUUUAUGGAAACCAUUGACUAUCAAACCUAUGAUUUAACAGACUGCUGUGGGUUGAGAGAAACGGAUAUUUGAAGCCGCUGGGACAGGUGUCGAUGGUUUCUUUAGUGGUAUCUUGCAGAAAAACAAAGGGGUACCAUCUAUGGGUCUGUCAGGCAGACUGGAAGCAGCAAUCAGGUAUAAAAUGCAGUUGCCCAAAGGUUUUAGAAGUAUCCUCCAUGGAGACAUCAAUUCCUUCUAUGGGAUUAUGUGUUCCUCAAAUAAGAGCCAGUGGAAUAUCCCAUUGUAAUGAGCUGUGGCAAGAGGGGGAAAUGUGGGGUGAAUAUGGCCUUCAGAAAAAGUCUGUUUCCUCCAAUGUGAUGUUUAUCUUGUACUUUGGAGGAAGCUGUCCAAUUAAGGGAACACAAGAUGUCUUCUUUGCCUUAAAAACACCACUACUGGAAGGACUGAACCCCAGAAGGUGCCAACUCUGCCUUAGUAUACAUGAUAACGUUUCCAUCCAGAGGUGGCAUCCAGAAUGGAUGCUGUGAGCAGGAGCUGGCAGCUGAUCCUUUAGACAACAUGUUGGGAGCUUGCAGGACUGUGGGGCUCAAUAGAAUCUUUGGCCCAGGCCUUUGCCUGGGUGAGCAAACAGCAGUAUUCCCAAGCAGGGCUGGGGGAUCUUGUCCCUCAGCCAUCAUGUCUGUGGUGCCCAGAGCUUUGCCACCACCACAUCAUUUGGUUUUAGGACAGAGGAACAGUCCAGAUGUAUACACUGAUCCAAUGGGUGUGCAGGUCUUUUUUCUCUAAUUCCUACCUGUGACACGUUUCUAAUUCCAGUUUCCAGUGAAAAAAUGUGCAGCUCACUUUGUUCCAGCAAGCAUCCUGCUGUGACACAGAGAAAGCAACUCCUUUUGAUGUUGGCCAUCCCCAGCCUUUUUCUUUCCCUUUCUUAUUCUCACUUGCUGUUUCUGUCAAACAGCACUGAGUAAAGAUGCAUCCUAGGUGCUUUGCUCAUGUUCGCACUCAACCAGAGCUGUGACUCAGCAGGAGUGUGGUGGGCAGACAUAGAGCCAUUUAAGUUCUGGCUCUAUUACUCAUUACUUAAAUGGAGCUGACGUGCAGUGGGAGCUCCCUCACAUGGAUGCAUCUUCUCUCCAGUCAGGAUCAUACUGGAACAUGAGGAAGCAGCCACAUUGCACCAGGAAGAUAUAUAGUCGAUAUCGGGAAGGAUUUCUUCAUGGAGAGGAUGGUCAAACACUGGAAUGGGCUCUCCAGAGAAGUGGGGGAGUCCCCAUCCCUGGAGGUAUUUCAGAGGUGGAUAGAUGUGGCACUGAGGGACGUAGCUCAGUGGUGGAACUAGUCAGGUUGAUGGUGGGACUUGGUGAACUUGAAUGUCUUUUCCAACCCAGAUGAUUCAAUGACUUUAUAUUCAUGACUCCUUUCCCAGGCAGCUUCCCUUGUUCCUGACACAUCAAAGCCUUAGCAGCACUUAACCUUGGUUAGUGUGGACAAGAGCUGUGUUUGUAAGAGUGUGGUGUUUUAUUUUGCCCUACUCACAGUGUCACAGUCCCCUUCCCUCAGGAAGGCACCAUGGCCUCCUCCCAGGACCUCAGGGAGGAUGCAGUUGGGACAGGAUAGCCCAGCCCUAAGCUCACAGACCCUGAGCUGAACAUUUAAGAAAACUUUUCUUGGCCAUAUAUUGUAGGCAUUGUUUUUAUCAAGUUUCAGACUGUCAGUGAGCCUAAGAGUUUCCACAAAUAAUGACUAUAAGAUUUAGCCAUGGGCAGAGGCACGAAACACAUAGGUGGUGGAGGCAGUCUGAAUCUGAAGGUGAAUUAAAAAUGGGAACAUAAAGAUCAAGGGUGGAGACAAUGCUGAGUAUAUUCUGUAUGGAAACUAGUCCACAUCAGCACUGUCUUCCACACCUUUCAGGAAUCAUUCAUGAGCAUGCCUACUGCACAUCCACCUAAUCAUUGUAAGGAUGGCUGUCAAAGGAGACAAAGAACUCCCAGGCAUGGCAUGGAGAAUGCAACUUCCUACCUGCUGUUCAUCUGCUUUAAAGGAAAUCUAAACCCAUGCUGAGAGAUGGCACGCAGAGUAGACCCUAUCUCAGCACCCAUAGUACCUUUCUGCCCCUUACUCAAUGCAAUGGACUCUGAACUGGAUGAAUUACUGCAGAUUUUGACCAAAUAUUUUCCUCCCAGCCAUUAACCUCAUCAAGACAAAUGGGCAGCACUGCAUUUACACUGAACUCAAAUGCAUUACUACCUGCCUGUGAAAGUCUAGCCAAGGGAAAGAUGGGCGCUUUCCAUUGGAUUCUUUCUGAUGCUCAGGAGCAGAUCUGCCUCAGUGCUGCUGCACAGCCUCGGUGGGAAUCCAGCCAGACACCCAUAGCACUGAGUAAAGUGCUCAUCCAUGACCAUACUGACACACACGCUCUCUUUAUUGCUUUUACAUAUGUAAUAUAUAGAGAAGGGAAAGAAGGAAUAUUCUGAGUUUUUUUCUGUCUCUCAAUCCCAAUCUUUGAAAGACUCACAGGAUAGAAAAGGAGGAUUAAAUCUGUGUAAGCCCACCUGUGCAUACACAUACAACAGUGCCCACACUCUGGCCCAUUUACUUUCCCCCAUUGCAGCUGUGGGUGUUUAAUCAGCCCCGAGAAGAUACUCUACAAGGUGCUGUAGGAAAAAAUCUCAAACUCCACACUAAGAGAAAAUACUCAUUUCUCACCUAAGGACCUCCUUUCUUUUAGGAUAUUGCAUCAGAAGAAUCCAUACUGGGACUGGAUUCUGUACAUCCUCAUUUAGGGGAGACUGGGUCUGCCUGUGCUCCAGGGGAAGAAAGACAAUGUUGUAUGAAAUGUGACCUAAGUAUUUAAGCUUGAGCAUUUCCCUCUGAUUCCAUUAAACUCCAAGCUUAGAAAAACGAGCUCAGACUUCAGAAGGUAAAUUUUAUCUGAUCCCAUUGAUUUCUGUGGACCAACAAGGAAUGUGACCAGCUGAGAAUAAGACCCCAUUUCUCCAAAUUUUCCAAGCGAGCCAUUCCCAAAGCACUCAUCCCUUGGUUAUCCAGUAGCAAUCACCUCAUCACACUGGCUUUGUGCCACUCUUGCAUCAUCAGAGCUUGCUGCUUCAGUGAGUCGAGUGUUGAGUAGUGAAGAGCUGUAGACUCUCAUGAGUCCCAUCUGAGGAAGAAGGAACAUCCCUGUCAGCCUGAGCUGGACAGCAGUUGGGUUGCAUUACUAUUGUUUACAGUGUGUAUAUAAGUGUACAUUUUCUUUAGCAGACAUUGGAAUUUUUUAUGUAUAGAUUUUUAUUUUUCAUUCCCAGACAUAUUUAUUAGCCGGAGUAUUUCUGUUUUGUGAUUCAAGUAAUGUUGGAUUGAUGUAAGCUCUAUGAAACAAAAUGCACAUAUUUUUGUUUAUUUGUACCAAAUACAUGCACAAACCUGUCUAAAA